AUGGCUGCCGCUACUGUCUUUGACUCGACCCUCUUUGGAAACACAUUCGGAACUGAAGAGAUUCGAGAAUGUUUUUCAGAGAGGUCAUACGUUUCCAAGCUCAUCGAAGCAGAAUGCGCCCUCGCUCGGGCUGAGGAAGAUGAGGGAGUGAUUCCUCAAGGCACUGCUAGUACUGGCCUUUGCUGGCACAAAAGGCAGAGAUUAUGGCUUCAUGGGUUCCUCACCAAGAGGGCAACUGGAUACAUCCAUUGGGGCGCUACUACACAAGACAUCAUGGACUUGGCCUCUCAACUACAGAUCAAAGAAGGUCUCGUGAUUGUAGAGCGUCAACUCAACGAAACCAUCAGCAUCCUCGAAUCCAUGACAUCAAAGUACCGCGACACAUCCAUGGCAGGUCGAACACAUCUGCAACACGCUUUGCCAAUUACCUUUGGUUACAAAUGUGGCGUCUGGCUUGCUGGACUACGACGUCACGCAGAACGCCUGCAGCAGAUCAAGGAGCGCUGUCUGCUCGUGCAGUUUGGUGGUGCGGCUGGUACUCUGGCUUCUUUGGGCACAUCAGACAGUGGGAUCCGAGUGCGAAAGAGGCUGGCGGUCAUCUUAGGUCUUCGAGACCCUGUCAUCACUUGGCAUGUUGCUAGAGAUACCAUUGCAGAGGUUGUCAACUUUUUGGCAUUGGUUGGAGGGUCACUCGGCAAGAUUGCCCUCGACUUGAUCAUGAUGUCCUCGAACGAGCUGAACGAGGUUGCUGAGCCAUUCGUGCCUCAUCGAGGAGCAUCCUCAACAAUGCCCCAAAAGAGAAACCCAAUCUCAAGCGAGAUCAUCCUAGCCCAGUCAAAGAUCCUCCGAGCACAAGCAGGACUCGUGCUAGACGCCAUGGUAUCAGACUUUGAGCGAGCCUCGGGUCCUUGGCACCUGGAGUGGGCAGCACUUCCAGUGGCUUUUAUCUCGGCUGUUGGAUCGCUUCAUCAAGCCAACUUUGCACUCUCUGGUCUGCAGGUCAACCAAGAUGCCAUGAAAGCUAACCUUGAGUCGACACGGGGCUUGAUCGUUGCUGAAGCUGUCAUGAUGAAGUUGGCUGUGUACGUUGGCCGACAGGAAGCCCACGAGAUUGUCUAUGGGGCUUGUGUGUCAGCGCUGGACAGGAAUACUUCGUUGCUCGAGGCACUAGAGAAGGUAUCGGAAGUCACACAGCAUCUGUCUUCUGAGGAGCUGUCAUCGUUGUGUGACCCUAGCCAGUAUCUGGGUUGUUGCCAACUGAUGACGAAUGGGAAGAUAAAUGGCAAGACGAACGGUGUGACGAAUGGUGUGGCGAACGGAACGACGAAUGGCCAUCAUUGA